AUGUCAAGGGACAGAGAUCCUCUGAGCGUUGGCCGUGUUAUAGGGGACGUGCUGGACCCCUUCACAAAGUCUAUCUCCCUCAGGGUCACUUACAGCUCCAGAGAGGUCAACAAUGGUUGCGAGCUCAAGCCCUCUCAGGUUGCCAACCAGCCUAGGGUUGAUAUUGGCGGGGAAGAUCUAAGGACCUUCUACACUCUGGUUAUGGUGGACCCUGAUGCACCCAGCCCAAGUGACCCCAGCCUAAGAGAAUAUUUGCACUGGUUGGUGACUGAUAUUCCAGCAACAACUGGGGCAAGCUUUGGCCAUGAAACUGUGUGCUAUGAGAACCCGAGGCCGACAAUGGGAAUUCAUCGGUUUGUUUUCGUCUUGUUUCGGCAACUGGGCAGGCAAACUGUGUAUGCCCCUGGGUGGCGCCAGAACUUCAACACCAGAGACUUUGCUGAGGUAUACAAUCUUGGAUCGCCAGUGGCUGCUGUUUAUUUCAACUGCCAGAGGGAGAGUGGCUCUGGUGGUAGGAGGCGAUAACAGGAAGAUAUCCCUUUAAAUAUUCCCAUGUUGGAAAGACUGAAAACAAGUCCAUAAAUAUG